UGCUUUGCCAUUUGUUAUUUGCAUUUGAUUUUUAAUUUUGUUUGUUUGUUUUUAUUUCAAUUGAGACGGGAAUUCUACACAGACUGUUAGUAUCGUCUAGAACUUGCAGUACAUCAAGUCGCAAUUUGAUCGUGUACAAGUAUCAUUAAAUCGUCAAAACUGAUUUUUAUCAAGAUGUUUAAAUUAUUAGCUAUUUGUGUGCUCUGCUUCAAUAUGUACACACAAGCGCGUUCCGUAUCAAUCUCCCAGAUAGGGGAUGUACGAAUUGAAAGAUCGGAUGACAAGUGGCAAUGUGAUAAAAUCGAAUGUCCCCCUGAUACUUAUCGUUGUUUCGUUUCAAAAUCCAAUGAAGUAGACCCCUCAAUUCUAAAACGUGUCAAUUAUUGCUAUUCCAGAGAUAAUGAAAUAUUGAAACAAUACGUAAAUGAAACACCAGUUGAUCCCAAGUCCAAAAUUAAUAUGCAAAUCACCUCAACUCGUAAUGGUAACAUUAUCAGUGGUAAUAAUGUUUAUUCUGGAUCACUGGAGAAUUUCGAUGAAGAAAAAUUCAAUCGUGAAAUGAAUCAAAUGCAAGCCAACUUAAACUCCCAAAUGGCGAAUAUGAAUAAGGACUUGAAUCAUCAAAUGCAACAUUUACAUUCCAAUCUUCAGAAUAUGAAUGAAAACAUUAACAGAAACGUUCAAAAUCAAAUGCAUAAUUUACAUGAAAAUCUAAGUCAAAUGCAAUAUAAUUUGGAUCACAUGUUUGAUUAAUGAUGGCAAUAUUUUUAAUAUUUUAAUGAUAAAAAACAAAUCCUUUAGUAAGUUUAACGGACAAAUCAGGAACAAAAGUAUAUUAACAGACAAUUUUGUUGAUUUCUGUUUAUUGUUAUAUAUUUUAUAUGUUUUUUAUUAUUUUAUUAUAAUUGAAAAUCGCAAAAUAAAAGUAAUUGUUAAAGCAUAUAAAAGAGUGACACAAAAAAAUCUUAUACACACUAUUCCAGCCAAAACUUAUCCUUGGUGCAACAAAUUUAUUAUUUUUUUAAUCUAAGUAGCUUUUAAAAAUAUAUCAGAUAUUAUCUUUUCUAAAUCAUUCAUUUAUAACUAUCAUUUCGGUCAAAAUGGUCACCGAAAAAAGAGUACGUGAAAAAAUAUUCAAAACUUUAAAAAAAAUAGCAAAAGAUACGAUAGUUUCGAAUUUUUUAAAUGAUUAGGUAGAUGCAUUUAAUUGAUCUGAGCACGACAAUAUAUGUUUAAUUUCCUAGUGAGUUUUUUUCUUCUCCUGAUUUAAAAGAUUUUUAAUUAAUAUGCGCUUUUCUUUGACACAGUUUUCCGCGUUUUACUAUUACAAAAUUAAUAAUAUGUUAAUAAAAAAAAAACAACUUACAAGAUCCUCGCAUAUCUUUUUUAUAAUUGCAUUUCAAUAAAAUAAAACUCAUAAUAUAUGUAUGUAUAUCAUGACCA